AGCCGUUUGGGAUUGAACCCGACAGCACAGAGAUUGGAUCUGAUCCUGAACUAUUUGACAAGUUCCUGUAGAAUCCUCAUGCACAGCACCGGGGACCACUACAGGGAGUUGCGCUGAUCUUCUGAUGGCUCACGUAAGCCUAAGGAAUUUGCUCGGAUUUUUUAUCUUAACUGUGCAAAGUGUAACAAAUGCUAAAGAUGCCACCAAACCAAACUUCAUACUCAUGAUGGUUGAUGAUCUGGGGAUCGGGGAUGUUGGAUGCUAUGGAAACAAUACGAUAAGAACCACAAACAUCGACAGGUUAGCGAAGGAAGGAGUGAAGCUGACUCAGCACAUUGCUGCUGCUCCUCUCUGUACACCGAGCAGAGCUGCGUUCAUGACUGGACGUUAUGCUCUGCGUACAGGUCUUGGAAGUACUGGAAGAGUUCAGGUGGUCCUGUUCCUUGGGGCUUCAGGAGGUCUUCCAUCCAAUGAAACCACGUUUGCCAAACUCCUGCAAAAGCAGGGUUACACUACAGGAAUUGUGGGAAAAUGGCACUUAGGCGUGAGCUGUAAGAGCAGAAACGAUCACUGUCACCAUCCCAACAGCCAUGGCUUCGACUACUUUUAUGGUCUUCCCUUCACCCUGUUUAAUGACUGCAAACCUGGAAAUGGCACAGAUGUCCUCAGAGACCUUCAGAAGCUGCUGUGGCACAUUUUCAUGCUAUUGGCACUGGCAUUGUUGACACUAAUCACAGCUAAAUUCACUGGACUUCUGGAAAUCAGCUCCAGGAUGCUUGUGUUCCUGAUCGUUGUUUAUGUACUUGGAUUUUUGACAUGGUACGUUCCGUUUGCAUUCCUACAAACCUGGAAUUGCAUCAUCAUGAGGAACCAGGAUGUAGUGGAACAACCAAUGAACCUGGACACGCUAACUGGGAAGCUAAUGAACGAGGCGGAGCAGUUUGUGGAGAGAAAUCAGAACAGACCCUUUUUGCUGUUUCUGUCUCUGCCUCAUGUCCAUACGCCGCUCUUCAUCUCCAAACAGUUUGCGGGAAAAAGCAAGCAUGGCAUUUACGGAGACAACGUGGAGGAAGUGGACUGGAUGAUUGGCAGGAUGGUAAAGAUAGUAGAGAAGCUGAAACUUUCUGAAAGGACUCUGAUGUACUUCACGUCUGAUCAUGGAGGAGAUAUCUGGAUUUCAGACUCACAAGGCCGUACAGGAGGCUGGAAUGGAAUUUAUCGAGGUGGUAAAAACAUGGCUGGUUGGGAAGGUGGCAUUCGUGUUCCAGGAAUAUUCCGGUGGAAAAAUCGUCUUCCAGCCGGGAAAGUCAUUAAUGAGCCUACAAGUUUAAUGGACAUAUUUCCUACUCUAGUGAAUCUAGCAGGAGGACAGCUGCCUAAUGACAGAAUUCUGGAUGGUCAUGACCUGCUGCCGCUGUUAGAGGGAAAAACUAAGCGUUCAAAACACGAGUUCAUGUUUCACUACUGUGGUGUUUAUUUGAAUGCGGUCCGCUGGCAUCCUCCUGACAGUGACUCAGUCUUUAAAGUGCACUUCUUCACUGCCAAUUGCAACGGCACACAAACAUGCCUGUGCCAUGGUGACAUCAUCACACACAACGACCCGCCGCUUGUCUUCGACGUGACCGCUGACCCCUCAGAGGCGGUACCUUUGACGGCAGAGACGGAGCCACGUCACGGCGAGGUGCUGCAGCGCGUACAAGAUGCCGUGCAGGAACACCGGCGGACACUGAUGCUCCCUGAGAACCAGCUGUCAUGGCCGAACACGCUGUGGAAGCCAUGGUUACAGCCGUGCUGCGGCGUUUUCCCAUUCUGCUCAUGCUUGGAGUCUUGAAGGACAUUAUAAUAGCAUGUAUAUUUAUGGACAGAGGAAACUUUUUCAAUUCUGUUCAAAACAAAUGACUCGUAAACUUUUAAAAAACGCUUCACAAGAUUUAUUUUGAUGUCAGUUUUAUCUAAUAAACAGCUCGGCAUGUC